AUGGAUGCCACAGCCAACUACCAGUGCGCGGUUGUCGUGCAGAGCCCUGGAAAUAAUUAUGAAAUGAUCAUCCGCGACGACAUCCCCAUCAACAAACCCGGUCCAGAUGAGAUCCUAGUCAAGUUGGCAUGUACCGGUCUCUGUCAUUCUGAAAUCCGCGCCGUGCUAGCCUGGGGCGCCUACAACCCUAUCAUCGGCCACGAAGGCGUUGGAACCGUAAUCCAGGCCGGCCCCAACGUUUCCCCCUCACUCCUGAACCAACGCGUCGGGCAGAAGAAUACAAGUCGCCACGUGCCUGGUACAUUACAGCAGUACGUCAUCGCAGACGCCCGGUUCAUCACGCGCAUCCCGGAGACAGUGCCAGAUGAAGUUGCUGCGCCCUUACUCUGUGCUGGUCUCACUAUGGCUGGUGCGGUGGCUAGACUAGAUGACUGUCAUCUGAGUUCCGGUGAUUGGGUGGUGAUUUCGGGAUCAGGGGGCGGAUUGGGGCAUUUGGGGGUUCAGAUUGCGGCUCGGAAAAAGGGAUUCCGGGUCAUCGGGGUUGAUAGCGGGGAAGAAAAGAGAAAGAUAAGCAUGGAGUCUGGUGCCGAGGUGUUUGUCGAUUACCGGACGGAAGAUGUUGCGGCGAGGAUCCGCGAGGUGACCGGGGGAGAAGGGGCCCAUGCAACGAUUGUAGUGCCUGGGACGAGGGAGGCCUUCGAGAUGGCGCCGCAGGUUGUGAGGAAUAUGGGGUUGAUUGUCGGUGUGGGAUUACCACCAAAUGACAUGGAGUGGCCUAUUUCUGCAACCGUGUCCGCGGCUAGAGGUCUUUCUAUUGUUGGCUCUUCGGUCGGUACGGAAGAGCAGAUGGAUGAGCUUCUGCAGCAGGCAGCGAGGGGAGAGAUUACGCCUGCGAUAGAAGUGUUUGACUUUGCGGAUACGCCGCGUCUUGUGGAUGGUUUGAGGAAUGAUGCUAUUAGCGGUAGAGCAGUAGUGAGAAUACCGCAAUAA